UGUUGACAGAAGGAGCAGAGAUAAAGGCCACAAUGUUGUGACAGACUUCUGACCUGAGGAGCUUACUGGUUGGACGGCGGGGAGGGCUCAGCUCUUACCUGCUUCCACUCCUUUUUGUACUUUCACUGCGCUUGUGACACAGCUGGAAACAUGUCGUCCAUCUCUGUCCCUCCACCAAAAUGUCUGCAGAAACCGUUGGCGGUUCCCCAUCGCCACAUGUUUGGACCAGGACCCUCCAACGUUCCUGCACGAAUCCUGGAGGCCGGAGCCAAUCCUGUCAUUGGACACAUGCACCCAGAGAUAUUUGAGAUAAUGAAUGACAUCAAAAGUGGAAUCCAGUACAUGUUCCAGACUCAGAACAGCAUGACUUUAGCUGUGAGCGGUACUGGACACACCGCGAUGGAGUGUGCCAUCUUUAACUCAGUGGAGGCCGGGGAGAGCGUGCUGGCUGCAGUCAAUGGUAUAUGGGGAGAGCGAGCAGCAGAGAUGGCUGAAAGGAUAGGUGCCAGAGUUAAUACUAUUGUGGCGCCCCCUGGUGGAUUCUUCACUAAUGCAGAAAUUGAGCAGGCCUUAUCCAAAUACAGACCAGCUGUCUUCUUCCUCGCACACGGAGAAUCUUCUACAGGAGUCCUGCAUCCGUUAGACGGCAUCGGACAGCUGUGCCAUAAAUAUAACUGCCUGUUUCUUGUUGACUCUGUUGCAUCCAUUGGGGGGGCUCCUGUCUGUAUGGACCAGCAAGACAUUGACAUCCUCUACACAGGCUCCCAGAAAGUUCUGAAUGCUCCUCCGGGUACAGCACCGAUCUCGUUCAGUGAAAGAGCAUGCCAGAAGAUAUUUAACAGAAGGACAAAGCCUGUGUCAUUCUUCUUGGAUUUGAGCUGGCUGGCAAACUACUGGGGAUGUGACGGCAAACCCUCAAGAGUGUAUCACCACACAGGUCCUGUCACCUCUUUUUACACCCUGAGGGAGAGCCUGGCUGUUCUUGUUGAAGAGGGUCUGGAGAAUUCAUGGGAAAGACAUCAAAAAGUGGCUGAAUAUUUCCACGCUGGCCUCGAGGGCAUGGGUUUAAAACUAUUUGUAAAAGAAAAGAAAGCAAGACUGCCCACAGUUACCACUAUAGUUGCUCCUCAUGGAUAUGACUGGAAAGAGAUCACAACAUAUAUCAUGAAAACACACAAUCUAGAGAUUUCUGGAGGGCUUGGACCAUCAGUUGGCCUGGUGCUGCGUGUGGGCCUGAUGGGAUGUAACAGCAGCAUGGCUAAUGUUGACAUGGUGCUAGCAGCACUGAAAGAUGCUCUGAAACACUGCCAUAAAAGCAAAGUAUAACAUGAUAGACAAUCCUGAAUCAAUGCUCUAACAGAGAAAAGACUGUGUGUAAUAAAUAUUUGAUUCUGA